GGCCAAGCUGGAAAGAGGCCGGCUUCACUCCCUGCGAUGCUGCAAGGUUGUCCAGACGCCCGCUGUGCCGACUGCUCCAGGCACAGAGACUGUCUGUGCCCCCAGCCCUCUUACACCACCAGUGUCGCAGAAGCCUACUGUAACCAGAUCCCCGGGCCGGCGGGUGGAGCAGCCCGGUGCGUCACUAUCACUGAGACGCUGCUCAGGCUCUCAGUCCAGGCUCAGCAGUGGGGACAGUCAGCUCAGAGCAUGGCGCAGAAGCUGGGCGAGUGGACCAAGGCCCCCGCCGAGGCUACCGGGCUGUACCGGGCGAUGCUGCUCAGGUCGGCCUCAAUGUACUCGGAGAUCCAGAGGGAGAGGGCAGACAUUGGGGGACUCAUGGCUCGGCCAGAGUAUAGAGAGUGGAAUCCAGAGCUCAUCAAACCCAAGAAGCUGCUGAACCCCGUGAAGGCCUCCCGAAGCCACCAGGAGCUACACCGGGAACUGCUCAUGAACCACAGAAGGGGCCUGGGUGUGGACAGCAAGCCUGAGCUGCAGCGGGUCCUCGAGCUCCGUCGCCGGAAUCAGCUGAUCAAGAAGAAGGAGGAGGAGCUGGAAGCCAAGCGACUUCAGUGCCCCUUCAAGCAGGAGCUGCUGAGAAGGCAGCAGAGACUCAACCAGCUGGAAAACCCACCACAGAGAGAAGAGGACCACGCCCCUGAGUUCAUCAAAGUCCGGGAAAACCUGCGCAGAAUCACCACGGAGGAAAGAGCACUGUAGAGUUCCCUCCACUCAGCUCCUGCCACUCACUCUGGUCUAGACCUCCUCCAGCCCUCCUGAACCAGAAGGCCCUGGCACAUGGUGAUGCGGGCAAGGCAGACCUGAAAGGCUGGCUGUCCCUGGGAAGCUGGGGAACUCGCACCCCAUAGGAAAGCCUCUGUACGGACUUUUCCUUCAGAGCACCUAGCCUCCCAGUGCUAAGAGGAAGUCACUGCCAGGAAAGACUUGCCCGAGGUGCCCUCCCUGAUCCGACUCACUGAGUAGGCUUCCUUAGCAGAAGUGGGAAGGAGGGCCAAGUGUCCCUCCAUUUUGCCUUAGCUUCCCUAACAAGCCCCUGCUUUGGGGAGCAUCUCAGCUCGGGACUGACCUGAGGCCGAGAAUGUCUUGGAAACCACAGAGCAAAGAAGGGAUCUGUCUGUGGCAUCAGGAAGGGCGUGGGAGGCCACAGCAGGCUGUGGCCAGGUGGGAGAAGUCCUAACCAAGGCAGCUUCGGGCCUUGCAGGCUUGCCUCAUGCUUCAGCCUUUUUCCUCCUCUCCUGCCCUCCAUGAAUUGCUGACCACAUCUCACCUCAGUGCUCCAGCUUCCAGCUUAGAACAGGGCAUUGCCAACUUUACUGUACAUACAAAUCAGAGUCCUGUAAACGGUCCCUGGAAGCUACAGGUCUAACACUCUCCCAGGGGAAAGCCCAGGACACUGGUUUGAGUAGAUAGCUAGGCUGCAGCACCCAAGAGUGGUACAUUUUAGAAAUAUCCAACUCUCUUGGCUCCCUGGCCUGGAGGUCCCCAGUGCCAUCUCUAAAACCCCCAAAAUUCUUCACUCACUAUCCAUACCCCCCCGACACACACACACAGAGGGAUCAUUGGCCCGGAAAACUCUAGCCUAGCAAAUCCAAAUGUUCUUGUGAUUAUAACUGCCAAUCUUCAGUCUUUACUGGUGUAACCACAAUACAAUUCUAGCCAAAAGAAAAAAAGAAAAAAAAACUUAGCUUUUUGGAAAACAGAUAUACAAUUCCCAAUCAGCUCUGGAAAGAGAUGGUAGUUUGAACACCCCACUGCCAUGGUGAUGGAAUGGCCGCUUAGGGUCAACAUUGCCAGCCACUGUCACCUGAGACCCCCCAGUCUGGAUCAUCUCCACUUCUUCCUCCUCAAAAGCCUCUUCCUGUGUGAAUCUUUUGCUCCUAUACCAUUUUGAAGAUCUACAGAAAGACCUGAAUCUUUCCCCUAAAGAACGAAACCCAUGCUUCAGCUUUCAAGCCCUUUUUAAGAGUCACCUUGGUUGUGGUGUCUCUUCACAGCGAUAAGAACCCUAACUAGAUAACUAGACAGUGUCAGUUAGGAAACGUGAGCAACAGACUUACAGCACUGCCAGAGAAGUGCAGAUCUUCCUGUGAGCAUGCUGGGUGUGCUCUGGCUCCAGGAAAUGAUGGCGGGGAGCAGCAGGGUGUGGGCUUGACAGUGAAUGGAGAGUCUGUCUCUUUCCUGUGCAUGGUGCCAGCAUUAAUGUGUAAAUAGAAAUUCUUUCAUUCUCUCUCUCUCUCUCUCUCUCUCUCUCUCUCUCUCUCUCUCUCUCUCCACCUCUCCCCCUCGUGUGUGUGUGUGUGUGUGUGUGUGUGUGUGUGUGUGUGUGUGUUUGUGUUUUCCAGAUCUAAAGGUCUAAAUGCAGUGAAGCUAUCUUAGGUAUCUGCUGGUCAGGUGUAUGCUGAAUAUGUGUGUUUCCUAAAUAAAGACAGUGUUGAGGGUUGUGACUGUACAGGUAUAUGUGCUGUUCUGACGCAUAAAGAGAAGCAAGAUAGGACAUCAGGGAUAGUGUAGGACCACCCAAGGGUCCUAGCAGUCCCUGGAGGAAAUGGAAAGUCACAGAAAUGCCACCCCAAAAGCACAAGGGACCUUAAGGCAGGUCAUCCAGGAGAACCAUGGCAGACACCUUGAUGUUCUGUGAAUCUGUUAGAUCCAACUCCAUCUUUCUCACCACCUCCCACCAGAGACUAUAAAUAUAGAUUCUCACUCUCUCAGCCUUCUCUGCAGGCUUGGGUUACCAUGUGACAAGAUAUGGCCAAUGAAAUUGAAGUAGAAGUCUCAGGAGCUACUAGAAAACCCCAUGCUUUGCUGAGAGCCUCCCUCUGCCUCACCCUUCUUCCUGCUUGACUAGGAAUGUAAUGCCUGAAACAUUAGCAAUCAUGUUUCACUGAGGAAAAGGCCAAGAGAUCUAUAGACCUUGUGAUCCUUUGACCAAGCAAGUGCCAACAGCUCUCCAUGUCCAAAUUCCUUGUAAAUAAAAAUAAACUCCUGUAUC